GGGAAACUGGAAAUUGUCCCCAUGCGGCCAGCUCUUGGCCUGGUUUCCUUCGAGGAGGUAGCUGUGCAUUUCACAGCGGAGGAGUGGGCCUUGCUCACUCAGGCGCAGAGGGCUCUGUACAAGGAAGUCAUGCUGGAGAAUUACGAGAAUGCGACCUUUCUGAGAUGUCUCAAACCUGACUAUCUCUCUUACCUGGAAGAAGGUGAAGAUCCGUUUGCCUUGGAGUCCGAGGAAGAGGAGAGAUCAGCAGCAGGUGACUGGGAUGAAGUGGAAUACUACAAGAAGCUCUCUGAGGUGUCACUGGAAACAACCACACGUGGAGCAGAGGAAGAGACCUUUGGGACUCAGGAGGGAUCAAGGAGGAAGACGGGGAGAGAUAAAUCCAUUGCUGGACAGAGUGGUGAGAUCCACGAAAUAUCAGUCCAGGAAGAACAUCACGAACGAAAUAAGAGCCCUUUGGCUGAGAGAGCAUUCCACUGCACACUCAUCCUUAAUCCAACUUGCAAAACCCAAACGGGAGAGAAUGCGUUCAAGUGCUGGGAGUGUGGAAAGAACUUUGCUAACAACCUCAGCCUUAAGGCGCAUCAAAGAUCCCAUAUGACAGAAAAGCUCCAUAAACGCUCAGGGUGUAGCGACAGUUUUUCUGAUAAGUUGUGUCUUAUUGAGCAUCACCAGAUUCACACAGGGGAGAAGCCAACUAAAAGACCAGAGUGUGGAAAGCGUUUCAGUAAUAGGGGGAAGCUUGUCAAACAUCAAUCCACUCACUCAGGCAAGAAACCAUAUAAAGCUGGGAAAUGUGGGAAGCGCUUCAGACAGUGCGAGCAACCAAGAAUCCGCAGAAGGGAAAAGCCACAUAAAUGCACAGAAUGUGGAAAGGACUUCAGAUACAGUUCUUCAUUGACUGUACACAAAAGAAUCCAUUCAGGAGAGAGACCAUAUCACUGCUCAGACUGCAGCUGCAGUUUUUCUGACAAGCUAACAUUUGUUAGACACCUGAGAAUCCACACAGGGGAAAAACCAUAUGAAUGCUUAGACUGCAGAAAGACCUUCCGUUUGAGUUCGCAGCUCAGUGCACAUCAAAGAACCCACACAGGGAAAAAACCAUACAAGUGCUUGGAGUGUGGGAAAAGUUUGACUAGUAGCGGAGGCCUUAUUUCACAUCAAAGAAUUCACACAGGAGAGAAACCGUAUAAAUGCUUGGAGUGUGGAAAGAAUUUCAGACACAGCUGUGGCCUUGCUUCUCAUCAAAGAAUCCACACAGGGGAAAAGAACUACAAAUGCCCAGUGUGUGAGAAGAGCUUUCGAUGGAGCACAGCUCUCACUAACCAUCAAAGAAUCCACACAGGGGACAGACCAUACAAAUGCUUGGAAUGUGGGAAAGGCUUCACCUGUACCUCACACCUUACCUCUCAUCGAAAUAGUCACACUGGGGAGAAACCAUAUAAAUGUGCCGAAUGUGGAAAGUGUUUCAGCCAAAGCUCAGGUCUCAAUACACAUCGAAGAAGACUGCACAAUGGGGAGAAACUGUAUGAAUGCUCAGAGUGUGGAAAGAGCUUCAAGCUGAGCGAGUCCUUAACCCAACAUCAGAGGAUACACACAGAGGAGAAGCCACACAAGUGCUUUGAAUGUGGAAGGACAUUUAGAUUCAGCACAAGCUUACAGUCACAUGAAAGAACCCACACAGGAGAGAAGCCCUAUAAAUGCCUGGAGUGUGGAAAGAGCUUCAGGCAGGGCUCACACCUUAGUCAACAUCGAAGAAUUCACACAGGUCUGAAGCCAUACAAAUGCUUAGAAUGUGGGAAGCGCUUCCGUGUGAGUUCAGGCCUUACCAGUCAUCAAAAAACUCAUACAGGAGAGAAACCUUAUCAAUGCUUGGUGUGUCAAAAAAAUUUCGCCCAUCGUGCACAUCUUUUAGUACAUCAAAAAGUUCACACAGGGGAAAAACCGUAUAAGUGUCCCGAAUGUGGAAAGACCUUCAAACACAGCAGAAGUCUUACUUAUCAUAAAAGAACUCACAUAAGCAAGAAAUCCAUAUAAAGGAAUGUGGAAAGACCUGUGCUAACAAAGUACACCUUAAGCAUAGUGUUCAGUUUGAGCGAACUUUAUUAAAUGUGUGGCACAUGGGAAAAGCUUUGAUCUCAGGCCAUCUUUAUUCUAGA